AUGGAUGCAAAUUUAUUAUUAGAGUGCUUUUCAGCAACGUUGCAAUCCGAUCAGUCAGUGAGGCAUCAAGCUGAAUUGCAACUUCGCCAAUUGGUUUUAACUCCAGGCUUUUUAGGAGGUUGUCUUGAUAUUAUAUCAUCGAACAAUCCAGCUGUCAGUCUUUCUAUUAAGAAGGCUGCUGCCGUAUUUUUCAAGAAUCGUAUUGUUAAAUACUGGGGAAGUGAAAAACAGAAUAAGAUUGACAAUGACGAGAAGCCUGGUAUAAGGGAUCGUAUAUUGCCAGUAUUGAUUGAAAGUGAUUAUAACACCAAGCAGCAGUUGAUCCCAGUAUUGAGAGUUUUGAUUUCAUAUGACUUUCCUAAUAAUUGGAAAGACCUAUUAGAAAAAACGGGGACUCUUUUACAACAAGUACCUGUUGGAGCGACUAAAGACGACGACUUUUCACAGUUGUAUACUGGAUUAUUAUGUUUUAGUGAAAUAUCUAGGAAAUUCAGAUGGGUCUCCAAUAAUGAUAGAGAAAAGGAAUUGGAUCCAAUUAUUAUUCAAGUUUUUCCACAUUUAUUGAACAUUGGUAACUCAAUAAUUGCCAACUCUGAAAAUAUGACUGAGUUAACUGCAGAAAUAUUGAAAUUAAUUCUUAAGGUUUAUAAGUUUGUUACAUAUUUUGAUUUACCGGCUGUAUUGAGAACGAGGGAAUCAUUGAUUUCAUGGGGUGAAUUUCAUGGAUCUAUUGUUAAUAUGAAUACACCAACUUACGUUUUGAAUUCUACUUUAAGCGAACAGGAGAAGUCAUUUUUACAAAUUUCAAAGUGUUAUAAAUGGGCAGUUGCUAAUUUAUACCGUCUUUUUACCAGAUAUGCUUCACAGAGUUUAUCUAAGAAAUUUUCAUAUACAGAGUUUCAAGGUAUGUUCUGUGAUGAUUUCAUACCUCAUUUAAUAACCAAUUUCUUAUCAAUCAUAGAACAAUGGUGUUCGAAAAAAAGAUGGCUAAGUCUAUCAUGCAUUUAUUAUUUAUUACAGUUUUUAAGUCAUUGUGUUACGCAAAAGUCAACAUGGUUGUUAAUCAAGCCGUACUUUGAAAAUUUGGUAUCUCAUUUAAUUUAUCCAUUAUUAUGCCCAUCUGAUCAUGUAUUAGAAAUAUUUGAAACCGAUCCUCAUGAGUAUAUACACUCCAAUUUUGAUAUCUAUGACGAGUUUGAUACCCCCGAUGUUGCUGCCCUUGGAUUAUUAGUUACGUUUGUCGAUAAGCGGAGAAAGACAACGUUGGAACCAAUUAUAAAAUUUGUAUAUAAUCAAUUGAAUGAGUUGCUGCAGCAGCCAGAAACACUCGAUGUUGCUAAAAAAAGAGAAGGUGCAUUGAGGUUAAUGGGUGGGAUCUCCCACUAUGUUGUUCUACCACAAUCACCUUAUUAUUCUCAAAUGGAACAAUUUUUGACGGCGUUAGUAUUUCCAAAUCUUUCUUCGAAGUUUGAUUUCUUGAAGGCGAGAACGUUGGAAAUUUCCCUGAAAUUUGCAGAUUUGAAUUUUGAGAAUAAGGAGAACUUGUUAGUAUUAUUCCAUGGAAUACUUGAAAAUUUCAGCUCAUCCAGUGAGGAAUCAAGUUUGCCAGUUGAUUUUGAAUGCGCAUUGAUUAUCCAGGCAUAUAUCCAUUUGCCAGAGUUCCAAGAAGUCUUGUCAACGAUUAUAUUACCUACAAUGUCAAAAUUAUUGGACUUAUCUAAUCAGAUUGAUAAUGAUGCAAUUUCAGCUGUAAUGCAAGAAUGUGUCGAAAAUUUCUCUGAACAGUUACAACCAUUUGGGGUUGAUUUAAUGACUAAAUUGGUUGAGCAGUUUAUGAGAUUAGCUGUCGAAAUCAAUGAGGCAUCAAAAGUGGAUGUAGACGAUUUUGAUGGAGAAUAUGACGAUCAAACAGACAAAGUUAUGGCAGCAGUUGGGUUGUUGAACACAAUGAUUACAGUUCUUUUAUCAUUUGAAAACUCGCGGGAGAUUUGUGCUAAGUUGGAAGAAGUAUUUUCGCCUGUUAUUGAAUUUGUCUUGAUUAAUAAGAUGGAUGAUUUCUUAACUGAAGUAGGUGAAUUGAUGGAAAAUUCAACGUUCCUUUCAAGAUCUAUCAGCCCAAUUAUGUGGAAGAAUUUCACAUAUCUUUAUGAAUCAUUUACAGAUGGGAUCGCAUUGAUGUACACGGAGGAGUUAAGUCAAUGCUUGCAAAAUUUUUUGAUUUAUGGGCAAGAAGACCUUAUGAAAUCACCACAGUUAAUGGAAAACUUCUACAAUAUUUUCAAUAUUAUCAUUGAGAGUGAUGACGCUCAAGUAGGAUUCAAUGACAUUGUGCUUGCAUGUGAAUUGGCGCAAACAUUCAUAUUGAUGUUACAGACUCAGGCACAAGCAUAUAUUCCUAAUUUGGUCAAUAGCGUUUUGAAGAUUUCACUAAGCAUGCAACAAGAUGAACAGCAUGUCAAGUCUAUUUCGUUUAAUAUUACCAUCCUGAAUGUUAUUAUUGCAUCUAUGGUGCAUGAUUCGAAUGCCACAUUAAUGUGCUUGCAAAACCAUCACCAAUUGGCACCAUUUUUCAUAGAAUGGUUUAAGACAGUUCCUAAUUUGAAGCGUGUAUAUGACCUAAAGCUAUCAACACUUGGGUUGAUUAGUUUGAUGGACAAUAACGAGGCCUUGAACGUAUUGGGUAACGAAAUAGUCGCUCAGAUUGGGUCGAAACUCGCUUCCAUCAUGAAAACGUUGCCUAAAGCUAUCGAAAACUUGGAGCAUAAAAGAAAGAACUUCAGCGAGUCAGAGUAUGCUUCGGGCCAACCAUAUGAUGAUGCAUGGGAAAGCCACAAUAACUACGAUGACGAUGAAGAGGAAGAAGAAGCCACUAGCACACAAGGUCUCACUCACGAACAAACAGAUAGCACCACCGAAUACUUAGAUUUUUUGCUGCAAGAAAACAUCAAAUUGAAAAACUCGGGAUUUUUCGAUGACGAAGACCAAGAAUUAAUCGAAGAUCCUCUAGCCGCAUCUCCAUUAGACAAUUUGAACGUUUUCCUGCUCUUCAAACAAUUCAGUCAAACAUUGCAUGCCAAUGACAACACCAAAUACAACAUUAUUUUCGGCUCAUUGGAUUCUUCUGACCAGAAAAUAUUUAAUGAUAUUUUUGAAGUGGUUAACUAG